AGCCUGACUGAUUCAGAUCUCCCAACCCCCUUUUCCAUAUCUCCCUGUCUCAAUCUUUUCAACUAGUACGUCUGUGUGUGACUCAAGCCGCCACAAUGAGUCAACCCAACCCCUACAUUCUGGCCGCCGAAAACCCCUCCGCUCUUCUAACGCUAUUGCGCGCGAACCCGUCCAUUGCUUCCGGUCAAGAUGAGCACGGUUACUCACUACUCCAUGCUGCCGCUUCCUACGGUCACAUCCAUCUUCUGCGCGCCCUGGUGAAAGAGUUCAACGUGGACGUCAACCUUCUGGACGAAGAUGGCGAGACUUGUCUCUUCGUGACGGAGAGCGUUGAAAUCGCAAAGUGCCUUGUUGAAGAACUCGGGGUCAACUACAACAAGAGGAACGAUGAAGGCUUGGCUGCGUAUGAGACCAUUGAGAACGAUGACUCGUUCCCUGAAGUUGCAGCUUAUCUGCGGCAAGUAGCGGGCGUCCCAGCGCCCGCCCCUGCAGAUUCUUCGGCGGAUGUCGCCUUGAAUCAACCUCCCCCUCUGCCUGCAAACCUGCAGCUGAACCUAGGCACGGUGUCGGAGCAAGAGGCGAACGCGGGAAUCGACCAGGUGGACCCCGAAUUCAAACGGCGGAUUGAUGAGCUGGCCGCGCGGGAAGAUUUCCACAGUGAAGCUACGCAGGCCCAGUUGCGGGAGCUGGUUAUGGAUGCACUCCGAGGCUCUAGUAUUGAGACUGACGAGCGUGGUGUGCGUCGGAGAACUGAUUGAGAAGUUGCGGGUUUUCACUUCAAGGACCAUUUUGGCUUGCCAAAUAGCUUCCGCUUCACUCAUCCGAGUCAUUAUGGGCGCGUUGGUCUAUUUGGCCAGCCUGCGAGGCGUCUAGCGAUCUCGAACCGCUAUUGAGUCUCAACCAUUCUCGCCGCUUCAAAGGGUAUUAGCGCAGCGCUAUCUCGAGCAUUUCAACUAGGACGUAUACCAACUCCAAGUUUUGAAAAGGACAGCCAAUUUGCGUCAGCCACAAGGUUCGGCUCAGGCUUUUAUGAGUUGCGCUUAUAUCGGGCAACCAUAUCUUGUUGAAUUUUGGCAGCUACGAAGACUACCUAUAUACUACACGCACAUUGAAAAAUGCUGUGUCUCAACUAGCAAAAAUCACUGCGAGUUCUCUAAAUGCAC